CGGUUUAAGAAAAACAAAAGUUUAAUCCUGGGAAAAAGCGCACAGAAGCAGUUAUUCGGAUCAAACCUUCAGCCGACAUCAAAGCUAACUGUUUGAGGAUCGCACUUUCUUCUUUUCUCUGCACCACACAACUCAGCACACGCAUCUGCAGGCGAAUCCAUUCGUUUCGCGUCAAGACUCUAACUUUUUCUUGUUUUUUGUUCAUUCAAUUCAAUCGGGUCGCAUUUUCUCGGAUAAUUCUUUUUUUUUCUUCAGAAUUUUGAAUUUCCGGGUCGAGCCAUGUUGGGUUUCUUGAACCCGGGUAUUUGAUGGUGGUGAUUCCGUGAACGGGAUGAUUCGAUGUUCUUUAAAUGGUUCUUUUCUUUCUGUUGAGCAGAGUUCUUGAUCAGCAGCUAAGAGAUGGGAUCCGAUAAGCAGCAAUCCACUGGCUUGUUAGAUACCCUUAACAUGGAGACGGUCAGGACAAUCCUAACCCACCCCUACCCUUACCCGCACGAGCAUUCGCGGCACUUCUUAAUCACUGUCAUCGUCGGUUGCCUUUUCUUCAUAUCGUCGGAUAACGUGCACACCCUCAUUCACAAGUUGGAUAGCAAUGUCAAGUGGUGGUCGAUCUAUGCCUGUUUACUUGGAUUCUUUUACUUCUUUUCCUCUCCCUUUAUUGGGAAAACAAUUCAGCCUAAUUAUUCAAAUUUCAGCCGAUGGUAUAUAAUUUGGAUAUUUGUUGCUGCACUCUAUCAUCUUCCCAGUUUUCAGUCAAUGGGAUUAGAUCUUAGGAUGAACCUGUCUUUGUUUUUGACUAUAUACGUCUCUUCCAUCUGCAUCCUUCUUGUUUUCCAUGUUAUAUUUCUUGGGCUUGGCCAUCUCGGACUUGUGGCCCGCGUUGCUAAGAGGAGGCCUGAAAUCUUGGCAAUUGUUCAAAAUUGUACUGUUUUAAGCAUAGCAUGUUGUGUGUUCUAUAGCCACUGUGGUAACCUUGCUAUAAUAAAGCAAAAGCCAAUCUUUGAGAGGAAAGAUUCUAGUUGGUUUUCUCUGUGGAACAAGGCAGAGAGAAACACGUGGCUUGCAAAAUUUAUCCGGAUGAGCGAGUUCAAAGAACAAGUUUGUAAGUUUUGGUUUGCACCGGUUGGAUCUGCCAGUGAUUAUCCAUUCUUAUCUAAGUGGGUUAUCUAUGGAGAGUUGAGUUGCGGUGGCUCAUGUGCAGAGUCAUCAGAUGAAAUCUCACCAAUUUAUUCAUUAUGGGCAACUUUUAUUGGCCUCUACAUUGCUAAUUAUGUCGUGGAACGUUCAUCGGGAUGGGCUCUUUCACACCCUUUAUCGCCAAAGGAAUUUGAGCAAUUGAAGGAAAAGCAGAUGAAGCCUGAGUUUUUGGAUAUGGUUCCUUGGUAUUCAGGGACAUCUGCUGAUUUAUUCAAAACAGUGUUUGAUCUGCUCGUUUCAGUUACUGUAUUUGUGGGACGUUUUGAUAUGCGUAUGUUGCAGGCUGCUAUGAGCAGAGUUCAGGAUGGAGCUAAACAGGAAGAUCUCUUGUAUGAUCAGUUCAGUGAAAAGGAUGAUCUUUGGUUUGACUUUAUGGCUGAUACCGGUGAUGGUGGCAAUUCUUCAUACACAGUGGCAAGGCUUCUUGCUCAACCCUCCAUCCGUGUCCAAAGUAGCAAUGGUUCUAUGCUUACUCUGCCUCGUGGGAAUCUUCUCCUCAUAGGCGGUGAUCUUGCGUAUCCUAAUCCAUCAGCUUUUACAUAUGAGAGGCGCCUUUUUUGCCCUUUUGAGUAUGCUCUUCAACCACCCAUGUGGUAUAAGAAAGACCAUAUUGCGGUGAACAAGCCAGAAUUGCCUUCCGGGGUUGUGGAAUUGAAGCACUAUGAAGGACCUCAGUGUUUUGUUAUACCAGGAAAUCAUGAUUGGUUUGAUGGGCUUCAGACAUUUAUGAGGUACAUUUGUCAUAAAAGUUGGUUGGGUGGGUGGCUCAUGCCUCAAAAGAGAAGCUAUUUUGCCCUCCAACUGCCAAAGAGGUGGUGGGUAUUUGGUCUUGACCUCGCUCUCCAUUCUGAUAUUGAUGUAUACCAAUUCAAGUUCUUCUCAGAAUUAAUAAGGGAUAAGGUGCUAGAGAAUGACAAUGUGAUCAUUAUGACUCACGAACCUAAUUGGCUUCUCGACUGGUAUUGGAGUGAUGUGACGGGAAAGAAUAUUUCUUACCUAAUACGUGACCAUUUAAAAGGGAGAUGUAAACUUAGAAUUGCUGGAGACUUGCAUCAUUAUAUGCGCCAUUCAUGUGUUCCAUCUGAUAGGCCCACGGCUUCUGUGCAACAUUUACUUGUUAAUGGUUGUGGUGGAGCUUUUCUACACCCUACACACGUCUUUCGUAAUUUUGACAAACUAUAUGGGGCGUCCUAUGAGAGCAAAUCUUCUUACCCAUCUUUUGAGGACUCGAGCAGGAUUGCAUUAGGAAACAUAUUGAAGUUCCGAAAGAAGAAUUGGCAAUUCGAUAUUAUUGGUGGCAUCAUAUACUUUGUCUUAGCCUUCUCUAUGUUCCCUCAGUGUCAUUUAGAUCACCUGUUAAAUGAUGAUACCUUUUCUGGUCACUUGAGAAGCUUCUUUAGUACGGUGUGGGAUUCAUUCAUGUAUCUGUUUGGUCAGUCAUAUGUGUCCUCUGCCGGUGCUAUGUCAUUGUUAGUUGCAACAGUAUGUUUUGUGCCAUCAAAGGUAUCUCGUAAAAAGCGAGUGAUAAUUGGAAUUCUUCAUGUGUCUGCCCACUUGGCAGCAGCAUUGGUCCUCACAAUCUUGUUGGAACUUGGUGUUGAGACAUGCAUUAGGCAUAAUCUACUCGGCACAUCAGGUUAUCAUACCCUAUAUGAAUGGUACCGAUCAGCCGAGAGCGAGCAUUUCCCAGAUCCUACUGGUCUUAAAGAACGUUUAGAGCGAUGGACAUUUGGCCUUUAUCCAGCCUGCAUCAAGUAUCUCAUGUCUGCAUUUGAUGUCCCCGAGGUAAUGGCGGUGACGAGGAACAACAUAUGCAAGAAUGGGAUGGAAUCACUGUCGCGUGGGAUUGCAGCAAUAUAUUAUGCAUCGGUCUUUCUCUAUUUCUGGGUUUUCUCAACUCCGGUGGUUUCUUUGGUGUUUGGGAGCUACCUUUACAUAUGCAUUAACUGGCUUCACUUGCAUUUCGACGAAGCCUUUUCGUCUCUUCGCAUAGCUAACUACAAAUCGUUCACUAGAUUUCACAUUGACAACAAAGGUGAUCUUGAAGUUUUCACACUCGCUGUUGAUAAGGUUCCAAAGGAGUGGAAGGUGGACCCUUGCUGGGGGGAUUCAGAGCUGAAGUUUCCAAGCAAAUGGAGAGCGGCUUCGCUGAAGCAGGACCCGGUGAAUACAGCGAGGAUCGUCGAUCACUUUGUCGUUGAGCUGCAAACGUGCAAGUCUGGUUCGGGAUCGAUGAACGGCUAGUGGAGCUGAUGACAUAUAUGUUCAGUAAUGACAAACAAAUUAUUUACUAAAAAAGAUUAGUGCAGGGACAAGUUGACGUUGAGUAUUACAGGGUCCCGGAGUCCCAUG